AUGGACAAUGUGGUCGGUAUGGAGGCAGUCAAGCGUGGGGGACGGUGUGAGAUUGAGACCGUGGGGCGACAUAUGGCAUUCCUUGCGAGGGAACCGGUCCGGGGGAACCAGGCGUGCGCCACGACGAAGAGGCCGGUAAGAGCAAAAAACGUGGUGGAAAGAUGGCCUACGCCGGUAGCCUCGGUAGGAGGACGCCGGUACUUCGCCACGUUCUUGGAUGACUACAGCAAACUCUCGGUUGUAGUCCCCAUGAAGCAGAAGAGCGAGGUGGCCACGGUCACUGAGCACGUGGUCAACCGGUUGAAGUUGCAAACCAGGAAGAAGCUCAAGUCGGUGCGGACGGAUCGGGGCAAGGAGUACGUCAACAAGGCCUUUACAUACGUUUUCGGGGGUAAGGGGACGGUACACGAGAAAACCGCCCCCUAUAGCGCCGAGCAGAAUGGGUCGGCAGAAAGGCUUAACCGGGAUUUGGAGGAGAAGACCCGGGCGAUGCUUGAGGACUCGGGAUUGGCCAAAGAGUUGUGUUAG